UACCAAAUAAAAAUGGAGUCAUGGAAAGACCUGAGUGGAAAAGUAGUGAUGGUGACAGGGGCAUCAUCAGGAAUCGGGCGAGAGAUCUGUCUCGACUUGGCAAAAGCUGGUUGCAGCAUCAUUGCUUCUGCUCGUCGUUUUGACAGACUGAAAUCUCUCUGUGAUGCGAUUAAUUCAGAGGGCCGGCAGUGUGCGUUCGCCCUAGAACUUGACAUAACUGCUGAUGGUUUUACUGUUGAGGCUGUUGUACAAAGAGCCUGGGAUGCCUUUGGACGUAUCGAUGCCUUGAUUAACAAUGCCGGCCUUAGAGGUAGUGUGAGCUCUGCACUAGAAUUGUCCGAGGAGGAAUGGGAACAUACCUUUAAGACAAAUCUCAGAGGGGUAUGGUUGGUGUCUAAAUAUGUUUGUAGACGCAUGCGCGAUGCUAAACAGGGCGGAGGAUCAGUUAUUAAUAUCUCUUCAGUUUCUGGUCUGAAUCGGGUACUAAUACCUGGGGGUCUUGCUUAUGCUUCUUCAAAGAUGGCUCUUGACAUGCUCACUAGGAUGAUGGCGCUUGAAUUGGGAGUAUACAAGAUAAGAGUGAACUCAAUAGCACCAGGAAUUUUCAAAUCUGAGAUAACAGAGAGACUUAUUCAAAAGGAACGGUUUCAUAAUUUUGUUUUCAGAACCUUUCCUUUGAGAGAUCUUGGAACGACAGAUCCAGCUAUAACAUCAGUUGUCAGGUAUUUAAUCCAUUCUUCUUCAGAGUAUGUAUCCGGCAAUAUUUUCAUUGUUGAUAGCGGAGGGAGCUCAACAGGUGUCCCAAUUUUCUCAUCACUCUAG